CCAAGCAUACAAAUGUUCUUGCCAUUGAUAAGCCUCAGUAGUUAAAACUACUUCCCAGGAGAAUCUAUAAAUAAAAGGGUUCUCUGUUUCCUUAUUUGAAAACAGCUGACUUGAAAAAGAAGAUCUGUUGGCCCUUUUUUUUCCCCCCUAAGGAAACUCUCUACCAUGAAGAUCCAUCUCUUUUUCUUUAUUCUGCUCUUUUGGGUCACAAUUUUACAAGCCAGAAGUGAGCUUGAACCAAAGUACAGAUUUGAGAGAUGCCAAGCAGUGAAAGGAACAUGCAAAACAUUCUGUGACGAUGUUGAGUAUGACUACGGAUACUGCAUUAGAUGGAGAAACAGGUGCUGCAUAUAAAUUCCGGAAAUCAGAAGCACCGCUGGGGAUCCCGGCGCAGAAGAGAGAUGCAUCUGACUGGCCCAAGAGUAGGUAACAGGAAAAUGCCCCAAUGUUUAAUGGAAACACGUACUUU